AUGAAAGGGAUUUAUAAAGGAUUCAAAUAUACCCUGUCUCAAAUCUUUGUUGUGAAGGAGGAUCGGGAAAUAGAGAUAGGAUACCCUACAGAUGUUAAGCAUGUUGCACACAUUGGAUGGGAUGGCUCCUCUGGUAGCGCACCUAGUUGGAUGAAUGAAUUCAAUUCGGGGCCUGAUUUUUCGGCAACUUCAAUUGGUAAUACUGGGUCUGCACUUUCUCCGUGGUCAUCUCAAGAUUUUGGACAAUCUUUGCGGCAGCAAUCAGCAACUGACAAUUACAAGGACAUAACCCCUGCAGAACUUCCCAGUACUCAGAAGAAGCAGAAACGGAAGAAGUCUAAGUCAACGCCCUCUCCAAAGUCUGGUUCUUCCUCAUCAAGGUCAUCACGCGUAGCAAAAUCUAAAUCUAAAUUCAUUGAAGGCAAUGCAAAAUUAACAAAUAUUGAAGUCGCCUAG